AUGAGGUCGGCCAUGCUGGUGCUUCUUCUCCCUCUGCUCCUGUUAGCAGGAAGUGAUGUCACAGGGGAGGUGAUGGACAAGAAGCCCAACUUUGUUCUCAUGAUGGUGGAUGACAUGGGGAUUGGGGAUUUAGGUUGCUAUGGCAAUGAUACCAUGAGGACUCCUAACAUAGACAGACUGGCCUUGGAGGGGGUGAAGCUGACCCAGCACAUUGCUGCUGCUCCUGUCUGCUCUCCGAGCCGGGCCGCUUUCAUGACAGGCCGUUAUGCACGUCGCUCAGGCAUGGCGGGCAUGGGGCGUGUUCCGGUGUUGAUGUAUCUUGGAGGUUCAGGAGGGCUUCCAUCCACUGAGACCACCUUUGCAAAGAGGCUGCAGCACCAAGGGUACACCACCGGUCUUAUUGGUAAAUGGCACUUGGGUUUGAACUGUGAACGCAGAGGGGAUCAUUGCCAUCACCCGAACCAGCAUGGCUUCAGCUACUUCUAUGGUCUUCCAUUUACACUGCUCAGUGACUGCAAGCCUGGUACAGACAGUGAAAUGCUGGUGGACCUACAACGUUCACUCCAGAAUCUGACCUUGUUGCUUGGACUUGGACUUUUCACAAUGGUGUUUGUCCAUGUUGUUGGCCUCCUCGAAGUUAGCCUGUGGCUCCUGGUGCUGCUUUUCUUUCUCAGUAUAGUAGCAUCUGCCAUGUGGGUUGUGCCUUUUAAGUUCGUAAACAUCUGGAACUGCAUCAUUAUGAGGGACCAAAAUGUGAUUGAACAGCCCAUGACAUUGGAGACGCUGCCUGAAAGACUGCUGGGAGAAGCACAAGAUUUUAUAAAGAGGAAUGCUGAUUAUCCGUUCCUGCUCUUUUUCUCCUUGGCUCACGUCCACUCGCCGCUCUUCAAGACUCCGGCCUUUGCUGGAAAGAGUCGCCAUGGUUGCUAUGGCGACAACAUGGAGGAAGUGGACUGGAUGAUUGGUAAGAUAACCGAGACAGUGGAUUCCCUGGGACUAGCCAACAACACCCUCAUCUAUUUCACAUCAGACCACGGUGGACACAUAGAGAGUGGCCCGAAUGGAAGCUGGAAUGGUAUAUACAAAGGUGGGAAGGCCAUGGGGGGCUGGGAAGGGGGAAUCAGAGUACCUGGGGUAUUUCGUUGGCCUGGCAGAUUGGCAGCGGGAAAAGUUGUGGAUCAACCCACGAGUCUUAUGGAUCUCUACCCCACGCUGAAAUAUUUAGCCAAGGAUACACAACCAGACAGACAUUUAGAUGGCUUUAACCUCAUGCCACUGUUGGAGGGGAAAGUGUUGUCAUCAGAACAUGAAUUCAUGUUCCACUAUUGCAACUCCCAUCUGAACGCAGUUCGCUGGCGCCCACCUAACAGUGACUCCAUCUUUAAGGUGCACUUUUUCACUCCCAAUUUUUCCCCCCCGGGAGCUGGUGGAUGCUACAACACCAUGUUGUGUUGGUGUCACGGAGAACAUGUGACGCACCACAACCCGCCGCUGCUGUUUGACCUUCACCCUGACCCCUCAGAGUCCCGCCCGCUGACUCCUGAGACUGAGCCCAGAUAUGCAGAAAUCCUCGAGCGGAUCACCGAAGCUGUGGAGAGACAUAAAGACACGUUCAAACACGAAGAGAUGAAGAAAGCUAGCUCAGAUGCUAACAGAGUUCAAAACCAACUAACCUGGGACAAGAUUUUGUGGAGACCCUGGCUGCAGCCGUGCUGUGGGACUUUUCCUUUCUGUGGGUGCAAAGAGAACACAACACACAUUUAG